AUGGCUGCAAAAAUGGAUGAAAGCAGAGACAUAUUGCCAUCAUUAUCAGAAUAUCCUAUGGAAAAUUUUGAAUUAGAUAACAACACAAUUAAUGCAAUACGGAUGACAGAAGAUUUGAUUUUAGAUGUCCUUAAAUGGAAUAUGUGGUGUGUCACUCCUUUUGCUUUCACAAUAUAUUAUUUUCAAUCAAGAUUCUGCAGAGAAGAUUCAAGAAAAGAUUAUAUUAGAGCCAAAACUAUGGAGAUCAUAAUGAGUGUACUUAGAGAUGUGAGGUUAAUGAAUUACAGACCAUCUGUAAUUGCAGCAGCUGCAACAUUAUUAGCACUAAACCAAAACUUGACCAUGGAAGAGCUUUUGAUGAAAGCCUUGCUUUUAAAUGGAGCUGCGUUUCUUCAAAUUGAUAAUGUGUGUUACUGCUACUAUAAAUUGCUAGAGCUGAACAAGAACACUACCUUCAGGUCCAAAUGA